CCUACUUUUUUCAGAUUAUUCUCAACAAGCGUUUCUAAAAUCGUCUCUGUAUCUCAACCGGUCAAUAGAAUCAUCACGGUAAAAUGGUCGGAUGGUAUUCAAGGGAAAUUCCCGCUGACAUGGCUGCGAGACUGUUCACCGGAUCCAGCCACGUACACGAUAAGCCCCGCAAUGGUUGCAAGGAACCUGAGAAUGAAUGAGUUCGACGUAGAGCAGAAUCCGAAAUCUAUUCGAAUUGAGAAUGAUCAACUCGUGAUCGAUUGGGAGGGAACACAAUCCAGGUUCGACUCAGACUGGCUUCUGUUCCGGAAUCCCUCAGAUGAGUUGACGAGAAAGUUAAGAAGGCAAGUGUAUCUGUUCCCAGAUACCACAUGGGAUAAGGAAGAAAUCGAAAGGCGUUUACAGAAGUUCGACUACAGCGCAGUUCUCAUUGAUGACAAGACUCUUCACGACUUUCUUGAAGCAGUAUGUAUGGAUGGCAUUGCUCUGAUCAAAAACGGCCCAGUGGGUACAAGAAGAGCUGUUCCUGACAUUGGAGAACGAAUCGGCCUCAUCCAGAACACUCAUUUCGGAAAAGUUUUCGAAGUAGCAACAAAACCUGAUGCAAGUAAUAUGGCAUACGCUUCCCGAAGCGGUCUACCAUUUCACACAGACUUCCCGUCACUUGCUAAUCCUCCACAGCUCCAAAUGUUGCAUAUGAUAGAGCAUGCUGAACAGGGUGGGAACAGCCUCUUUGUUGAUGGAUUCCACGUUGCCGAACAGCUUCGACGAGAACAACCGGAAGCCUUUGAUAUUCUCACUAAGUAUUCCAUUGAAUUCAUCGAAGAAGGUUUUGACGUUCAUGAAGGUCCUGAUGGAAAAUCCCAAAAAUUCGACUACAAUAUGUGUGCCAGGCAUCGUACCAUCAAAUUGGACGAUUCUGGACGAGUAGUCAAAAUUCAAUUCGGUAACGCUAUGAGAAGCUGGUUCUAUGAUUGUGAACCAGAAAAAAUCCAGGAGAUCUACCGUGCUCUGAAAAUAUUUACGGACUACUGCUACAAGAAGGAAAACAUUUUGAAGUUUGGUCUUGAAAAUGGUGAUACCGUACUAUGGGCGAACACCCGACUACUUCACACCCGCGACGAAUACCAUAAUGCUCCAAACUGCAAUCGGACACUGACCGGCUGUUAUUUCACGUGGGACAUCAUCAAAUCAAAAGUACGGUAUCUAAGACGAAAGCUCGCUCUGCCCAGUGCUCAACCAUCGGCCUAG